AUGCACUUGAAUAACCUGGGCUAUAUUUCACACGAUCAAUGUGCAUUUUGCUGGAUUUGCCGUACAAUAAUUAGUACAGAGCUAGAACUAUUCAUUUGUACUGGGUUUUGCUCUCGAAGUUAUCACAAAAGCUGUCUAAAAUAUCACCAAAAUAUCAAAUUAUCCAAAAAUAACCAAUUAUAUACCGAUUCUACUGUUAUAAGCGCGAAUUCUAUUGCUUGUGAUAAUGAUAAUACCAUUUGUUACUUUUGCUGGCAAAGUUAUGUGGGCUGUAAUUACUGCCACAAAUUUAUCCAUUUAAAUAAAGUUAUAAAGUGCAGCAUUAAAACCUGUACCAACUUUUAUUGCCGCAAUUCAUGUUUGGCAAGAAUUCGAGUGAUAUACUUGGCUAAACAAGAUCUAAUUGCCUAUUUCACUAACAUGAAACUACCUCUUGAAGUUCUAGAUAUUUGUGAAGACAACAUAAUUUGUCACUCCCACUUCUGCUAUAGCUGUUAUGAUUGUGACAAGUACAUGUACACCUGGGAAAAGUGCUGGAGGAAGGAGUUGUUUAAUAGCAAAUCAAGAGAUGCGAGUAUCGCUUGGGAUUUUUUGCGUAGGACAUGCAAAGGAUCAAUUGAAUCAUCCCAUUUUAAUAAGGGUAAAUAUCCAAUUAAGCCGCCACGGAUGCCAGCGUUACUACGUAUAAACUUACCCAACCGCGCAACCACUGACAAUGGCAUAUUAACGCAACUGAGACAAUUAAAUAAACUAACCCAAAACACAAUUUACUCAUGUAUACGGUGUGAUAUGUGCUGGUGUAUCCGGUGUUUGCCUCCAGACGCUUCAUAUAUUGUGAAUUGCAAAAAUAACAUCCUCUGCCAUAAUUGUUUGCAUCAACAAAUACACCGUGAAAUUUCAAGAUUAAAAACGCAAAGAAGUACUCAUGUUUACAAAAAUAGUGAUAUUUCUUUGAAUAUACAUUCUAACUCUCAGAACAUUUAUAGACAGUUAAAAUCUGUCAUAAAAGCGGCGAAAGGCGAUAUAAGUUACAUAAAUAAGUCUUUUAUCGUCAGCCAAAAUAAUGUCUAUUCAACUUUUAGUAAUAGUGAAGUUUCAAAAUCGAAAUACAAUGUUAAUUAUGAUACAUAUGACAAUUAUCCAAUAAAAGAUAACACCCCUACUUGUAAUUCUAUUUCAAUCGGUGUUAAUGACAUCAAAAAAGAUGAAAAACAAGAUAAUUUGGAUAGCACCAAAACAUUUAUCGGAAAUUCUGUAUUUAUUCCAGGUGAACGCUUGAAUAUGUAUGAUAUCCUCCCCCCGAACUUCACAUACCUCAAUUCCAACUAUUGCACAGAGGAAACCAAGAAAUUUCUCAAGGUUAUAGACGCUCCUGACUGCUGUAACUGCGCCCAUGUUUGCGACAGAAAUUGCAAUAAUAGAUCCCGUGGAAUUGAAUGCCACAGCGGUAUAUGCAAACUAGGGGAUAUUGAUUGUGGUAAUAGAAGAUUAGCAAAUUAUACACAGUCAAAAUUGUAUAUAUCAAGGGUAGAAAAAAAGGGAUAUGGUGUGUUUGCCUCAGAUUACAUUUAUGAGGGGGAGUUGGUAUGCGAGUAUACAGGAGAAGUGACUAACCAUGAUUUAUACCAAAAAAGAUUAUUAAGUCGCUGCUUUAGCGAAUUGGAUGAUGGCAAACAUAACCACUGGUACAUUAUGAAGAUACAAAAGGAUGUAUAUAUUGAUUCCACUAGGAUGGGUAACAUUUCACGCUACAUAAAUCACUCGUGCGAACCAAAUUGUCAAAGCAUGCCUAUAAGCUAUAGGGGAACAAUUCAUAUGUGCAUUUUCUCGAAGCGAACCAUUAAUCCCAACGAGGAAAUAACUUACAACUAUGGGUUUCAAUCUUAUGGCCUAUAUAAUGGUUUCAACUGUGCUUGUGGGAGCAAUAAAUGCAGAGGUAUUAUUGGCACUUCAUCUAAUGAUUCUUCGCUAGAGAAGGCAUUGAUUAGGAAACUUGAUGGGACAACUAUGGAUUCAUUGAACGAUUUGUUAAAGGAUAUGCAGAAUCUAUUUACUAUUGGGAAUAAUUCAUCGCUAAAGCCUCGGCCAAUACCACUUGAUGUAAUUAAUGGCUUAUUCACUAGCGGAGACUUGGAGGCAAAUGAUAGGUUAAUUAAUACCAACAACAUUACUAAGCAUUUAAACAUAUGCAAUAAGAUUAGAAAACUACUUAUCAAUAACAACGAAGUUGAUAUGGAUUAUAGGCAAGUUUUGAGCCUUCUUAAGGCAGUUAAUAGGGGACUCCUAGCACUUCCUGUGGAUAUAAAAUCACACACUCAUAUUGAGUAUUUGUAUACAAAGUUGAUCGCACUUAACGGUUUGUCAUUGGAGAAUUUUUCCAAUGCUAAAACCAAAAAAUUUGCAAUAGAUCUACCUUGGUCCAUCAUUGCAUAUGAGUAUAAUCCGCAAAAAUCAUUGAACACAACAUCCAACCCUGAGUUCUUCAUCGCAGCCAAGCGAUUUUUCCAGUGUUAUACACUAGUGAAUGUUAGCAAUCGCUUUGGUAGGGAUGCACUUAGUAACGUUCAGAAUUUUUUUGACCUCUCUUGGGGGUUGACUGAAAAUUGCGUUGCUUGUGGAGGUUACGGUGAUUGCACUGUUUGUGAUAGUUGUGGAAAUGUUUUACAUGACAAAAUUUCAUGUGGAGACUUUGUUUGUGGUAUCAACUAUGAGAAUAUUUGCAGCGUUUGUCAAAAUUCCAACCACCGUAGUCAAUGGUAUCUUAAAAGCACACUUGAGAGGGAAAGAUUAGCACUAAAACUAUCCCUACUUAGGUUGAAUAAAAUGUUUAUCAAUAGCGUGAAAUAUUAUGGGAAUUUUGUGCCAGAUAUAGAGGCCUUCAAAAUGGCUAAUGAACAAACAACACCACUACCUAUGGAUCAGGCAGAAUCUGUACCACACAUAGCAACAUCACAAGGGGGUAUUUUUGAUGUAUCAUCAAUUGCACAAUAUGUAAAUUAUGUCAGCAUUUGCAAUAAAUUAGUGAGUGAGAAUGCUAAUUUUUUGUGA